CACCGCUAAAGUUUCAUGUGUCACAUUGUCCGCCAUUUUGCGAAGCGCGGGUAAAGCGAAGAAGACCGGUCGGUAAACUUGUAAAUUUUAUAAACAGAAAAAAUAAAAUAGCAAAAUACUUAAAAAAAUACUAAAAAAAAAUAAAUAGUAACGUGUCUCCAGAAAAUGGCGGAAAACGACGAAGUGGACGCGAGCAACGCGAUGAACAGCGACCUGGAAAAUUUCGAUGAAACCAACGGGAUCCACGAGGAAAACUUAUUAAACGACGCGGACGGAGAUGGUGGGGCGGCGGACGAUCCGGAAUUGGAGGCGAUCAAAGCGAGAGUGAGAGAAAUGGAGGAGGAGGCGGAAAAGUUGAAACAGUUACAAAGCGAAGUCGACAAACAGAUGAAUAUGGGCAGUCCGCCUGGAAUGACGAGUCCCCUAAACAUGUCCCUGGAAGAAAAAAUGGAAGUGGACAACAGGAGCGUGUACGUGGGCAACGUGGACUACGGUGCGACCGCCGAGGAACUCGAGCAACACUUCCACGGUUGCGGCUCGAUCAAUCGAGUCACCAUAUUAUGCAACAAAUUCGACGGACACCCGAAAGGAUUCGCUUACAUCGAGUUCAGCGAUCGGGAAGCGGUCCAAACCGCAAUGGCGAUGGACGAUUCGUUAUUUCGGGGCAGACAAAUAAAGGUUAUGGCGAAACGGACGAAUAGACCGGGCAUAUCAUCUACGAAUCGACCGCCGAGGGGUCGGGGAGCUUCGACUUUCCGGGGCAGCAGAGGGAGCAGGGGCGGCAUGUACGGGGGUGGAUGGAGGCCGACACGUAGACCGAGGUCCUAUAGACGUGGCUACUACGCGCCCUAUUGAUGGCUAAAGUAAGGAACCUCUCAAACAUUGUUUAUUCAUUGAAAAAAAAAACACUCACACACAAAUUGCAACGUUGAUCGUAACAAAUUAAUUAAAAAAAAAAUAGAAACGACAUUUUUGACAAAAAAAAGUUAGUAGCUGAUAAGUUUUGUGCGAAUGAUUUGGUUGUUCGGCGGGUGCGCGUGUUUUUAUAAGUUUAACAAUUUUUUUCAGUUUUUACUUUAUAACAUGUUCAAUAGUGUUCUCUUUUAUUUGGUAACAUUCAUUGUUGCCCCUUGAAUUAAAAUGUAGGAUGUUUAUUGAAUAAAUUAAUAUUGGUAUAGUUUUAUCAUCUUUUGACCGGAUCGGGCUAAUAAAAGCGUAUAAAACAGCA